AUGAAUAACAUUAAUAAUAUGAAUGAUGUUGAUUCAUUAAAACAAGAGAUUGGUAGAUUAAGACAAGAACUAAAACAAUCAAAUAAUGAAAAGAACUUGUUGGAAUUUAAAGUACAAUUACUUUUAGAUAUGUUGACAUUGAGUAGUUUAGAUGUAAAAUAUUUUGAAGAUCUUGAAAGACAAUGGAAGAGUAAACCUUAUCGAUCUGUUGAAAACCAACAAUAA